GUCGGGCCCGGGUUGGGGUUGGAGUCGGGACCUGGAUCUUUCCCCUUCAGGUCUCCGGGAUCGGCGCGCCCCCUCAGCCCCGCCGCCCGCUUUCGGCCUGUCAUCUGGCCGUAGACAGGCUCCCGCGCGGCCGCUCUCAGAGUCCCGGCCCCGCCUGCGACGCUCGCAGCUCCUGGCGUUUACAGGUCCCUAGGCCAGGGCAAUGUUCCGCACCGCCGUGAUGAUGGCGGCCAGCCUGGCGCUGACCGGGGCCGUGGUGGCUCAUGCCUACUACCUCAAGCACCAGUUCUACCCCACCGUGGUGUACUUGACCAAGUCUAGCCCCAGCAUGGCAGUCCUGUACAUCCAGGCCUUCGUUCUUGUCUUCCUCUUGGGCAAGGUGAUGGGCAAGGUGUUCUUCGGACAGCUGAGGGCAGCAGAGAUGGAGCAUCUUCUGGAACGUUCCUGGUAUGCUGUCACUGAGACUUGUCUGGCCUUCACUGUUUUUCGGGAUGACUUCAGCCCCCGCUUUGUUGCGCUCUUCACUCUCCUCCUCUUCCUCAAGUGUUUUCACUGGCUGGCUGAGGACCGUGUGGACUUUAUGGAACGCAGCCCCAAUAUCUCCUGGCUCUUUCACUGCCGCAUUGUCUCCCUUAUGUUCCUCCUGGGUAUCCUGGACUUCCUCUUCGUCAGCCAUGCCUAUCACAGCAUCCUGACCCGUGGGGCCUCUGUGCAGCUGGUGUUUGGCUUUGAGUAUGCCAUCCUGAUGACCAUGGUGCUCACCAUCUUCAUCAAGUACGUGCUGCACUCUGUGGACCUCCAGAGCGAGAAUCCCUGGGACAAUAAGGCCGUGUACAUGCUCUACACGGAGCUGUUUACAGGCUUUAUCAAGGUUCUGCUGUACAUGGCUUUCAUGACCAUCAUGAUCAAGGUGCACACUUUCCCUCUCUUUGCCAUCCGGCCUAUGUACCUGGCCAUGAGGCAGUUCAAGAAAGCUGUGACAGAUGCCAUCAUGUCUCGCCGAGCUAUCCGCAACAUGAACACGCUGUAUCCAGACGCCACCCCAGAGGAACUCCAGGCGAUGGACAACGUCUGCAUCAUCUGCCGAGAAGAGAUGGUGACUGGUGCCAAGAGACUGCCCUGCAACCACAUUUUCCACACCAGCUGCCUGCGCUCCUGGUUCCAGCGGCAGCAGACCUGCCCCACCUGCCGUAUGGAUGUCCUUCGGGCGUCGCUGCCGACCCAGUCACCACCGCCCCCUGAGCCUGCGGAUCAGGGGCCACCACCUGCCCCCCACCCCCCGCCACUCCUGCCCCAGCCCCCCAACUUCGCCCAGGGCCUCCUGCCUCCCUUUCCUCCAGGCAUGUUCCCGCUGUGGCCCCCCAUGGGCCCCUUUCCUCCUGUCCCACCUCCCCCCAGCUCUGGAGACGCUGUGGCCCCUCCGUCCACCAGUGCAGCCCUUUCUCGGCCCAGUGGAGCAGCCACAACCACAGCUGGUUCUGCUGCCUCUGCCCCAGCACCUGGCUCGGCCUCCACCCCUGACGCUGGCCCUGCCCCAGGCUUCCCCUUCCCUCCCCCCUGGAUGGGCAUGCCACUGCCUCCACCCUUUGCCUUCCCCCCGAUGCCUGUGCCUCCUGCCGGCUUUGCUGGGCUGACUCCAGAGGAGCUGCGGGCUCUGGAAGGCCACGAGCGGCAGCACCUGGAGGCCCGGCUACAGAGCCUGCGCAACAUCCACACGCUGCUGGAUGCCGCCAUGCUGCAGAUCAACCAGUACCUCACCGUGCUCGCCUCCCUCGGGCCCCCCCGGCCUGCCAGCUCAGCCAACCCCCCCGAGGAGACUGCCCCUGCGGCUGUCACUGCCGCCUUCUCCACCAGCACCCCCGGCUCCGAGGCCACCACCCCAUCCCUGGGAGCCUCCCCACCAGCCCCUGAACCUGAAAAGCCUUCAGCUCCUGAGUCGGCGGGCACCGAGGAGCUGCCUGAGGAUGGGGAGCCUGAUGCAGCAGAGCUCCGCCGCCGUCGCCUGCAAAAGCUGGAGUCCCCUGUUGCCCACUGACACUGCCCCAGUCCUGGCCCCUGCCCCCACUCUUGAGCAGUCCUCGCUGGAACACGUCCUGCCACCAAGUGCCAGCUCCCUCUCUAUCUGCAC